GGACCUCAGAUAAACCGUAUAAAAUGGAUUCGUAUAUUGUAGCGCAGUACCUCCGAAACCAGAAACAUCAGCUAGCGACGGCCGGGCACCAUGAUAGAAUCGUGGCUGUAGAAGCUUAAUUAGCUCGAUCGGCGGACUACCAAGAUCAUGAAGAGACGAGGGAGCCAUACGGCCUGCAGCCUCCUCCUGAUCAUGGCCGCCUUGAUCCUCCUCGUCGCCUUCCGGUGCUCCCUGCACCACCACUCCGUUCCCGGCGGCCGUCAGUCUCGCGCCGAUGGUGCGGGACAUGACGACGCCGCGCUCAUGGAGCUCGCGGCCAUCGACACGGCGGCCACAUCCGUUCUUGAGGCCGCCAAGAAGAUGCUCGAGGGCAACCUGGCCAGAGCUCCGGAGGAGCAUCGCGAGGUCGCUGUCCGCGGGCUGCGGCAGUGGAUCGGACAACAGCAGCGGUUCGACCCCGGAGUCAUGUCAGAGCUGGUGAGCCUCGUGAAGCGCCCCAUCGACCGGUACUACGGAAGGGACGGCGAGCACGACGACCGGAAGUACGCGUCCUGCGCCGUGGUCGGCAACAGCGGCAUCCUGCUGGCGUCGGAGCACGGGGGCCUCAUCGACUCCCACGAGCUCGUGGUCCGGCUCAACAACGCGCCCGCGGGUAAGGAGGGGACCGCCCUCGCGCGGCGCGUCGGCGCCAGGACCGGGCUCGCGUUCCUCAACAGCAACGUGCUGAGCCGGUGCGCCGGCGCCGGCUGCUGCCGCGAGCGCUACGGAGGCGGCGCCAUGGCCGUGCCCGUCCUGACCUACAUGUGCAGCGGUGCGCAUUUCGUCGAGCACACCGCGUGCAGCAGCAGCAGCAGCAACGCUUCCUCCUUGUCGGCGCCGGUGAUCGUGACGGACCCGCGGCUGGACGCGCUGUGCGCGCGGGUCGCCAAGUACUACUCGCUGCGGCGGUUCGCGAGGGAGAAGGGGCGGCCGGCGGAGGAGUGGGCGGCGGUGCACGAGGAAGGGAUGUUCCACUACUCGUCGGGAUUGCAGGCGGUGGUGGCCGCGGCCGGGGUGUGCGAGCGGGUGUCCGUGUUUGGGUUCGGCAAGGCCGCGGGCGUGAGGCACCACUACCACACGCUGCAGAAGGGGGAGCUGGACCUGCACGAUUACGAGGCCGAGUACGAGUUCUACCGGGAUCUCCAGGAGGCACGGCCCGAGGGGAUCCCGUUCUUGCGGGACUCCGGGUUUACGUUGCCGCCGGUGGUGUUCUACCGGUGACAUAGGCCCGGACAUGAGCCAUGGUUGAUCGAGGCUGUCAGCUCUGCUUCGUGGCGUACAGAGAGUGGAAGCAUCACUGGGUUCCCAAGACUGGUGGAAGGAUUCUGGUGAUUAUUCUUUUAUUUGCAGUUAGAUGUUGUCGUCAGUCACGCACUCGGGGAAAGAUAUAUGGGUACGGUACAUAUGUCAGACUGUUUUAGUGAACUAGUUCAGGUGUAAGAAUGUAAGAUGGAAAGUGAACUUGGUGUCAGUACAAGUGAAAAUUAAAUCAUAUGAAAGGCUUUUGGUUCUA